UUCCGGACAUUGUGCUGCGGCUCUGAAACACACUAAACUCUCAACACUCGUCUCUUGUUUAUUUCCCCAUAUCAUCAUUUCAUCUGUUCAGCAGCUCCGAAGAUCACUGAACAAUGGCUUUCCAGUAUCCCAAUGUCUAUCGGGACGAAUCUGUGGUGGACGACUAUCAUGGCAGUAAAAUCCCUGACCCGUAUAGCUGGCUGGAGGAUCCUGACAGUGAAAAAACACAGGCGUUUGUGAACGCUCAGAAUCAGCUGACCCUGCCCUUCCUGGAGCAGUGCGAGACCAGAGACCUCUUUAAAGAGCGCAUGACUGAACUCUACGACUACCCCAAAUACAGCUGCCCCUUCAAACGCGGAGACAGGUAUUUCCACUUUUACAACACGGGUCUGCAGAACCAGAGUGUUAUGUACGUGCAGAAGAAUCUCGACGCAGAGCCCACCGUGUUUCUAGACCCAAACACUUUCUCAGAGGACGGGACUGUUGCUUUACGAGGUUAUUCGUUCUCUGAGGAUGGCGAGUGUCUGGCAUACGGCACCAGCGCCAGUGGCUCAGAUUGGGUAGAGAUCCGCUUUCUACGUGUGGAUGGUGCUGUCCUUCUGGAGGAUCGACUGGAGAGGGUCAAGUUCACCUGCAUGUCCUGGACUCACGAUGGAAAGGGCCUUUUCUACAACUCUUAUCCUGAGCAGGAGGGCAAGAGCGAUGGCACUGAGACAUCCACUAACCUGCACCAGAAGCUGUAUUAUCACGUGUUGGGAACCCCUCAGUCUCAGGACGUUCUGUGUGCUGAAUUUCCAGAUGAGCCCAAAUGGAUGAGCGGUGUUGAGGUCUCUGAUGAUGGCCGUUAUGUGCUGUUGUCCAUUCGUGAGGGUUGUGAUCCUGUCAACAGACUGUGGUACUGUGACUUGAAUGAGGAGCCGCAGGGAAUCACUGGUUUGUUGCCGUGGGUGAAGCUGAUCGAUAACUUUGAUGCCGAGUAUGAAUACGUCACCAAUGAAGGAACUGUUUUCACUUUUAAAACCAACCUGGAAGCUCCUCAGUAUCGACUCAUCAACAUCGACUUCACCCAGCCGUCUGUCAGCCAAUGGAAAGAGCUCAUUCCUCAACAUGACAAAGACGUCAUCGUGUUUGCCACCUGCACGUUCUCCAGCUUCCUGUUUGUGUGUUUCCUCCAUGAUGUGAAGAACGUGUUGAAGAUGUUUCAUCUCUCCUCUGGUGAGGAGAUCCGCACCUUCCCACUGGACGUGGGCUCGAUUGUGGGCUUCACCGGCAGGAAGAAAGACUCUGAGAUCUUCUACAGCUUCACCUCGUUCCUCUCUCCAGCCAUCAUCUAUCACUGUGAUCUGACUAAAGAGCCACUGCAGCCGCAUGUUUUCAGAGAGGUCACAGUGAAGGGCUUCAAUCCGGCUGACUAUCAGACCACUCAGGUCUUCUAUCCCAGUAAGGACGGCACCCAAAUCCCAAUGUUUAUCGUGCACAAGAAAGGAAUCAAGAUGGACGGUUCCCAUCCUGCCUUCCUGUAUGGAUAUGGAGGAUUCAAUAUUUCCAUCACACCCAGCUACAGCGUUUCUCGGCUGAUAUUCAUCAGGCAUCUGGGAGGAGUUUUAGCGGUUGCCAACAUCAGAGGAGGAGGAGAGUAUGGAGAGACGUGGCAUAAAGGGGGGAUGUUGGCCAAUAAGCAGAACUGCUUCACGGACUUUCAGUGUGCAGCUGAAUAUCUAAUAAAGGAAGGCUACACUUCACCCAAAAAACUCACCAUCAACGGAGGAUCCAAUGGAGGACUGCUCGUGGCGGCAUGUGUGAAUCAGAGGCCUGAUCUGUUUGGGUGUGCCGUGGCUCAGGUCGGUGUCAUGGACAUGUUGAAGUUUCAUAAGUUCACCAUUGGACAUGCCUGGACCACUGAUUUCGGCUGCUCGGAAAUCAAAGAGCAGUUCGAUUGGUUAAUCAAGUAUUCUCCUCUCCACAAUAUCCAAGCUCCAGAAGGCGAUGGAGUUCAGUAUCCCGCUGUGCUGUUGUUGACUGGGGAUCAUGAUGACCGCGUGGUGCCACUGCACUCUUUAAAAUACAUUGCCACCCUCCAGAAUCUAAUUGGUCAAUGCCCCGGCCAGAAAAACCCUCUAUUCAUCUACAUAGACACAAAGUCGGGUCAUGGCGCAGGAAAACCCACCAGUAAAGUGAUUCAGGAGGUGGCAGACACGUACGCCUUCAUCGCUCGCUGUCUGAAUCUCAGCUGGCUCGAAUAAAACGACAAUAAUAAUACUAAUCUGUUCCUCUCCUUCUGCAGGUUUAUCUUCAGUAACACUUUAUAAUAGCUACACACUUUGAAUUUAUUAAGCAUUAGUUAAUUCAUUAUUAAUUCUACAUUAAUUAGUAAGCACUUUAUAAAUAUAGCUAGUUGUAUUCUUGACUUAUAUGCUCAUGUAUAAUGUGCUUAAUGACUGUGUUUUCAGACUUUAUGAUUCAUUUUUCAUUACUAAAUGAAGUAUUGCAUUAUUUACAAGCCACUUAAGAGUAGUUGCGUUUUUUUUAGAUUAAGAAUGCUUAAGUUAAUAAACUAUUCAAAUUAGCUUUAAUAUAUCUUCAUAUUCAGACAUAUAAUAAUAAUUACUUUGUGUGUUAAUAAAUGUUUUGUUUACAGUGGCCGAGAGAGCUAAACACUGCAUUUUCUCACAACGCAAACAAUUUACAAAAACGCACUGCAUUUUUUCACAAUGCUAACAAUUAAUAAAACGCACUGCAUUUCACACAACGCAAAAAAUUUACGAAAAUGUGCUGCAUUUCUCACAACGCAAACAAUUUUAUGAAAACGCACUGCAUUUCACACAACGCAAAAAAUUUACGAAAAUGUGCUGCAUUUCCCACAACGCAAACAAUUUACAAAAACGCACUGCAUUUCUCACAACGCAAACAAUUUACAAAAACGCACUGAAUUCUCACAACGCAAACAAUUUACAAAAACGCACUGCAUUUCUCACAACGCAAACAAUUUACAAAAACGCACUGAAUUCUCACAACGCAAACAAUUUACAAAAACGCACUGCAUUUUCUCACAACGCAAACAAUUUACAAAAACGCACUGAAUUCUCACAACGCAAACAAUUUACAAAAACGCACUGCAUUUCUCACAACGCAAACAAUUUACAAAAACGCACUGAAUUCUCACAACGCAAACAAUUUACAAAAACGCACUGACAACGCAAACAAUUUACAAAAACGCACUGAAUUUUCUCACAACGUAAACAAUUUUUACAAAAACGCACUGCAUUUUACACAAUGCAAAAAAUUUACGAAAACGCACUGCAUUUCACACAAUGCAAACAAUUUACAAAAACGCACUGCAUUUUCUCACAACGCAAACAAUUUACAAAAACGCACUGCAUUUCACACAACGCAAAAAAUUACGAAAAUGUGCUGCAUUUCUCACAACGCAAACAAUUUACGAAAACGCACUGCAUUUCUCACAACGCAAACAAUUAACAAAAACGCACUGCAUUUUCUCACAACGCAAACAAUUUACAAAAACGCACUGCAUUUUCUCACAACGCAAACAAUUUACAAAAACGCACUGAAUUCUCACAACGCAAACAAUUUACAAAAACGCACUGCAUUUCACACUGCCAAAAAAUUUACGUAAAUGUGCAGCAUUUUCUCACAAUGCAAACAAUUUACAAAAACGCACUGCAUUUCACACUGCCAAAAAAUUUACGUAAAUGUGCAGCAUUUUCUCACAAUGCAAACAAUUUACAAAAACGCACUGCAUUUUCACACAGCCCAAAUAAUUUACGAAAACUUGCUGCAUUUUCUCACAACGCAAACAAUUUACAAAAACGUGCUGCAUUUUCCCACAUUUUGGUAAAUUGUUUGCGUUGUGAGAAAGCGCCUUGCUUUCAUAAAUUGUUUGUGUUGUUAGAAAAUGCAUAUAGUAAUGAAAAAUGAAUCAUUAAAGUAUGAAACACAAUCAUUAAGCGCAUUAUACAUGUGCUCAUAAGUCUACACUACAGCAAUUAUAGAUGUAUUUAUAAAUUGCUUAUUAACCUAUAUUAAUGUAACGUUGAUGCUUAACAAAUAAUGAAUAACUAUUUGCUAAUGCUUAAUAAAUGAUUCAUAGUGUGUAGUUAGUUACACUUUCAUUGCGUUCCUGCCUGUUUGCUCUCUUGUUCUCUUUUAUUACUUCAUAGAUCAUUGUUUAGAAAUGUUUUCCCAAUGCUGAACGACUCGUUUCAGACUGGAAGUGUUGGGUGAACGCUCAUAUAAGCUCAAUCGCAUUAUUUGACUGAUUUCAUAUCAUUUCACUACCUGUCACUGGGCUCUCGCUCUUAGGAAAUAUUAUAAUUACUGAUGUCACAUGGGGUGGAGUGUCAUAAUAACCUCUCCAGCACUUUACUAAGACUGUAUUUAUUUGUCAAUCUGGGAAUCAUGAGAAGUCAAUGGAGCACUGCAAUGUCAAUGUAAAGCACUCAUCAGGAAAUCAUUUCAUGUGUAAUAAUAAUAAAAAAACAUGUUUAGGUCAUAUUUUGCUUCAAAUCUAUAAGAAAAAGUAGCAUAUUUGUUGUAUAUAUAUAUGAUUUUUAUGCAUUUUUUAAUGGAAGUUUGAUCUAUUUAAGCAAGUGGUCGAGUAAUACAGAUUAAAUUUUUAUUUUGCUCCUACUUUACAAUGUUUCAUUAGCUAAUGUAUUUACUAGCAUGAGUUAAGAUAGAACAAUACUUGUAUUGUGUUUAUUAAUCAUAGUUAAACACUUACUAAUGCAUUAACAUCCAAAUUAAUGCUUGUUAACAUUAGUUAAUGCACUGUGAAUUAACAAGAACUAACAAUGAAUGGCUGUAUUUUAUUCACGUUAACAAAUAUGAAUAAAUACUGUAAUAUAUGUAUUGUUCAUCAUGCUAACAAAUACAUUACCUAAUGAAGCCUUAUUGUAAUGUAUUACCUUUAUUUUGUUGUACUGUAAUGUUUCUGGAAAGUUUACUAUUAACCUCAAUGAUGAUUCUCGUUACUAAAUAUGACAAUAUGCAUCUAUUAUUAGCAUAAACCAUCGUAUGUUAUGCUUUAGGCAUUACUGUAUACUUUACAUACAUUAUUAAGGACUUGGGACGCUUUUCAAUAAAAAGUACAGUCAGUAUUUUAUUAGAAUUGGGGUUAAAAUAUAUCCUGAGCAUGUUUCUAAACACGAGAUUCAUUCGCCCAUACAGUGUUUGUGUGAGAGUGAAAUGUAUCUCCUGACGGAAAAUCAGUUUCUACCUCCACGUUUAUGCAGAUGUUUUAUCUCUGAAGGGAAGUGCAAGCAAAGUAACAGUACAAUAAAACACAUUUGAACACGA